AUGCGCAGAGGCUCGGAGUCUUGCCGCAGCCUCAUCCAGGAGUCGCCGCCGGGGAGACGGGAGCAGUCGUUGUUUAUUUCACACAACACAAACUUUUCUCCGCGAUGUCGGGAUUUGACAGCAACCCCUUUGCUGACCCCGUGGACGUAAAUCCCUUCCAGGACGCCUCAGUAACACAAGCCACCAGCAAAGUCACUGAGAACGUCGGGGAGUUCAACCCAUUCUCUGCUGUUGAUAUGGUACACCACUCGGAGACGACCAUCCCCAUCUCUGCUGCUUCCUCUCAACCCGCUGUUCUGCAGACCUCUGUGGAGCAGAGUCCACAAGCAACGGCAGCUGCUGCCCAGGCUAAACUGAUCAAACAGCAGGAGGAGCUGGAGAGGAAAGCAGCGGAGUUGGAUCGGAAGGAGCAGGACCUACAGAACAGGACGGAAACUGGCAGGACGAACACUGGAGCCAAAGAGAACAACUGGCCACCUCUUCCGAAGUUCUUCCCUUUCAAGCCGUUCAUCUAUCAGAACUUUGAGGAGGACAUCCCAGAGGAAUACCGCAGGAUCUGCAAGAGAAUGUACUACCUCUGGAUGUUCCACAGUGUCACCCUCUUCCUCAACCUACUGGCCUGCCUGGCUUACUUCACGGCAGACACUGCUGCCUAUGGCGUUGACUUUGGUCUAUCCAUCCUGUGGUUCAUCCUCUUCACCCCUGUGGCCUUCAUCUGCUGGUACAGACCCGUCUACAAGGCCUUCAGGUCUGACAGCUCCUUCAGCUUCUUCUUCUUCUUUUUUGUCUUUUUCUUCCAAGUAGCGGUGUACAUUAUUCAAACCGUGGGGAUACCAGGCUGGGGUAACAGUGGAUGGAUCUCAUCAAUCAGCAUGAUCGGCAAAAACUUGUCUGUGGCUGUUGUCAUGAUGGUAGUGGCUGGUUUCUUCACUGUGAACGCUGUCCUGGGUGUGAUCCUGCUCAAAAUGGUCCACUCAAAGUACAGAAGGACUGGUGCCAGCUUCACCAAGGCUCAGCAGGAGUUCUCUGAAGGUGUACUGACCAACAGGUCUGUCCAGACUGCUGCAGCCAGCGCUGCCACCUCUGCUGCUCAGGGAGCUUUUGGCAGGAGUCAAGGGAAUUAGGCUUGUGUCCCGCAUCCAUAGCGCACCGGGCUAGUGUCUUCUCCGGUCUGCAUGUGAGACUAGCCAUGUCCCAACACAUUUGGGUUUAAGGUCUGAUUAUUUAUAGGAAAAGGGCUGAAAACAAGUAACAUGUCGCUUGAUCAAGUCUAGGGUUCUCCCGUUCUCUCUACUUCAUCUCCAGAAUUCAAAAGAGGUCUCAUAGGAGCAUGCAGUGCCUUGAUGUCUUCACUGGUAUGUUGACAUUCAUGCUGCCAGAAGUUAUUUUAGGAAAUGUACAAUAUGAAACCUUAAACAAGAGGCUGGGGGGGGAGGGAGAGCAUGAGAAACAACGCAUCACAUUAAAAUUCCAGGAAGCUUAAAAAAUGUGUACUAAAAAGAGCUAAAAACAACAUUUUAUUUUAAUUCUGUCUUUCUUACAGGCGAAGGGGCAUAAGUAUUAGUAUAUUUCUAUCUCAAUGCUGAUGUAGAUAUAACAUAUUAGGCCUCGAAACUAAACACAUCUCACAGUGUUGGAUUAUAUCAAAAAAAACAUACUUGACAUGGGAAUGUUUUGCCAUCAGUGAAUGAUGGAUCCAUGUAAUGUAAGUGUACAUAUUUUAGUCAUUACAGCAGCGCCUUACAGGGUAACCAGCGUACCAGACAUUUUAAUACUUACAGUGCAAUUUAGUGUUUCCUUGUUCCUUUCCUCUGAGGCAGAUGGGAUACGCUGUAAAAUGAGAUGCAUCGUCUUAGACUGCUGUGCUGUGUGACAUUUACGAUUGUUUUCAGUGUAAAAUUCUGUGUCAGAUGAGCUGUGUGGCUCAUGAAGGUGACGGGAUGAAGGUUUUUCUUUGUACUGUUCCAAUCAGAUUGCUGAUUUUUGAUGAAGGUAGGCUAAAAGCUGUUCUGAAACGUGAAUGAAGAUGUGGUUUAAACGGGAUGUUACAUUUUAUAAUUCAUAUCAUAUAAAAUCAUAUCUUUGUUUUGUUAGUCUUGCUGUGAUUAAAACGAAAGGCAGGAUGCAUGUUUGUUCAUGGAAAGUUACUGACAUUGUAAAGAAUUUAGUUGUAUUUACUUAAAGAUCAGAAAGAAGUCAAUAAUUGUCUAAGUUAUCCAUUUACUUUGACUUUGUAUUAAUAGCAAUGACACUGCGGACAAAAUGAAUGUGUUACUGAGUAGUUUAUAUUUUCUAGCUGUCUUUCUUUUCGGGUACUAGUAUUUCUAUGUCUUUUACGUCUGGAUACAUACACCAGUCAGCCACAACAUUAAAACCACCAACCAGUGAAAUGAAUCACAUUGAGGAUCCCAUUACAAUCUAAUAUUCUUUUGGGAGGCCCGAGUCCUGGCAUGUACGUGGAUGUUUAUUUGAUUUUUACCACCACCUGAACAUUGUUACGGCCCAAACACACCCACAUGGCAAUGGCUUCUUUACAUUCUGGCGCCACUCAUCCUUGUAUCCAUGAUUCUGUGACGCUGUCACUUGUUCCUUUUCUUUCCUGUGACCACUUUUAUUUGCUACUGAUCACUGCAGAGCUAACUACAAUACUUAACUACAGUAAUAUUUUUUUCUUUUUUACUCUUUUCAGCAUCUCUCAAAUUUUUCCUGAAUUCAUCAACUUUGAGGACAAAAUGUUCCCUUGCUGCCUAACAUUUCCCACCCACAGACAGGAGCCAUGAUAACCAGAUAAUCGGUGUCAUUCCUUCGCCCGGUGGUCAUUAUGUUGUGGCUGGUCAGUGUACACGUGUAAACCCUUUCUACUUUAGCUUUUAUGUUACAGUGACACUGAAUCACUUUGAUUUGAUUUUACCUCAGUGCCUUUAAGAUGUAACCUACCAAUUUUUUGUGUGGGAAUUUAAGCACAAGGCUGUUAAUUAAUUAAUUGUGAAUGUUUAGUCGGACUCUGUUUGUCUUCGUGGUGAAGUUUUAACCGUGCAUUAAUAUGUGUUUGUACAUAUUGGUGUUAUUUAAUAUAUAUAUAUAUAUAUUUACUGGAGGGGCAUUUUGUUGGUAAUCGGUUCUCAGUCUUAACGUUCAAUAAACUGUGAGAUUUUUUUCUCUUUUAA